CCAAGGGUCUGAUUUGGUAUAUGGCAACUUCUUUUGUCCAUAUGUUCCUAUUUGUUGGAUGCAGUUUGGCAGAGCUGGAAAAAUGAAGAGGAUGGUCAUCUCUGAGUCCCCUUUCUUCUUCCUUCCUCUGACUUCCUUUAAAACCUCUUUAUUUCUUCUUCAUGAAGAAAUCUCCAUGCAGAGACGGAGCGGCCCACUUACAUUAUUCAUAUGGACAUGAGCCCAGGAGAUACGGUUACAUUCCAACUGCACAGUGACUAUCCCUUAACUUCUUAACUCCCGGCACCCUGCAUAAAGCACAAAGCAGAAGACGGGGACGAAAAAGCUGCCGACUGGUAGAAUGUGAUGGAAUUCCGAUGAGAAGGAGAACACUAUUCCUCUAAAAACCAAGUUGGGGAAAAGCUUCCAGAAGAUGAAUUGUGGAGGCCAUGUCUGCUGUGGGUUCGAUCAUACAUUAAAUCUUUCCAGGGCAGUGAAGAACUAAGGAGGUCAACAGUGCAUCGGUCGGAGGGAAGGAAGAGUACAAGCAAUGGCUUGCCCAACCUAAUCAAAAGGUAAAUGAAAGCAAGACAGUUAUCUCUGUUUCUGAACCUCAUUGCCAUGAAGAAGGCCCUUAAAGCAGGGGAAAGCAUGUCCCCGUUGCUGCUAUAAAGACAUUUCAGGGUGGCUUAAAGAUUGAAGAGGUGGCAGAAACAUGUGGCUUUGGCACUGAGACUUUGUCAUCACUGCUCUGAGGGAAGGAUUCUCCUUCUCUUCCUUCUCCUCUGCCUCCCCAUGGAUGCUCUUGUCCACCUCUGCCCAAGGGCAGAUUCCAUCGCCAAGCCACAGGUGCAAAGGAGAGGAUGAGCCUCCACCACUGAGGAGAUGCCUAGGAAAGGGAAAGAUGAAGGGAAAGGCGGGAAAGGGAAGAAGGGCAAGGCCGCCACUGAGGAGGAGGAAGCGUCGGAAGCGGAUGUUGCCGAGGAGAGUGAGGUGGCCAGCGAGGUGGCACAGGAAGAGGAGCUGGUGGAGGAAGACGAUCCCAAGAAGAAGAAAGGGAAGGACAAGAAAGUGGCAGCCAAAGAUGCAAAGAAGCAACUUAAAGGGACUUCCAAGCUGGUCAUGGGCCUGGCAACCGACGAAGCCAAGAAGAAGAAGGGAGCCAAGAAGGAUGCCAAAGCCCAGCUGAAAGGAGCCACCAAGGCCAUGGCCAUUGCCAAGAAGGAGCCGGCAGCACCGCCUAAGAAAAAGCGGAGUCUGAAGAGCACCUCCAAGCUUUUCAUGGGCUUCAAGAGGUUGGGCCUCAAGCGGCCCAAGAAAGGCCAGUUCAAGAACACCUCCCGCUUCUUCUGGGGGCUGAAGAAACACAGCACCGAGAAGAAGAAGAAGAAACAGAAGAACAAGGCGGUGCUGAAAUCCACCUCCAACCUCAUGAUGCGCUUUAAGUCUCUCGGGAAGAACAAGACGAAGUCGAAGAAGAAAGAGACGCCCGGCAGUGGGACGAAAAAGCCGGCGUUCAUGUUGAUACGGCUGGGAGGUGGCGGGAAAACAGAUCAGAAGGCCAAAGGAGGCGGGGUCUUUGGCAGCCUGUUCCAAAGGAAGAAGCCGAAUGAAAACUUCAAGCCCCGGGCCCAGAUUAUUAGCAAAGUGGCUGCUGCCACCAGCUGGCUAACCAGAAGGUUCCUGGCCCGACGCGGGAGGUACAUGUAUGACGAGAGGGUUGCCAACGAGGCCUGGCUGACCCGAAUCGGAGCCAAGAAGCUUCCCUUUCCCUCCGGGGAUGAGGUUUUGAGGCAUCGCGCAAACAUGAGGAAGGGUCCCAGGAGCAGUGAGAUUUAUGGCCACUCCCAGGAAGAAUUUGGCUACUGGGACAACUUGGAUUCUGCUGCUCCGCUUGAUUACUACGAUGGCUACCAAGGAGAUGGCAUUUAUGUCCCGCAGGAGCCUUCCCCAUAUGGCUAUUCGGAGCAAUACAGCAGGCUUCCAGCAGAUGAACAAUACGGGCCGUUUGAGGAACCGGUGGACUACUAUGGCCCCCUGCCCCAAGACCAAUAUGGCUACAACUACGAAGAGCAAGGGUAUGAACCCAGUACUGGUUAUUCACCCUACGAACCUUAUGAUGACUACAGGAGUGGUUUCGAAGAGCCCCCAGGACUGCCUGGUCCCCUUUACACAGGGGAAGAGGAAAUGGAGUAUCCCGAGGAUAUGUACCCUUUGCAGGAGGUCGGCGAUGGUGAGCAUGAAUGGCCACCUCACAUCCAGUCCUCAUACAAUCCCUAUGCCCAUCCACUGAACGACAUUGCAGAGAUGGAUGAGGCAGAGGGAGUAGAUGAAGAAACAGGGGAUUAUCCAUUUGGCUUGUCUAAUUUUUCCUUUUUUGAACAGCAAGGGAUCGGGAAAAGUUUUGCUCCUAAGCUGUCCUUAAAUAAGAAUUUCCGGCUCUUCCCAAGGCCCCAGGUGAAGUUGUUUGGCAUGGAAAAGCUUGAUGUCCCCCUCCUUCCUUCCCCACACAUCUGGGAUCAAGAGGAGGAAGAGGAAGAAGAUUUGGAGCCCUUGACUUCUCCUUUUGCUCAGGCUGAUGAUGGGAAUCUGGAACCUUCCAGGUCACCUGGGACCAUCUCAAAGCUGUUGUCUGGCAGUUUUGUGAAGAAGCUCCAAAAAGGAUUCUCCUCAAACCCAACCCAAACAAAUGUAGGACUAGGUACAAGCAAGCGAGGUGUCUCCCCAAGAGAAUGUGGAAGCCCUCUGGGGCAGUUUCUCCAAAAAUCCCUCACACAACCCAAACCCAUCCUAAAGCACCGUGGGAAUGAAGGGACAAAGAGGCCUCCAACCCCUUCCCCGAUUAGGAAAGCCCUGUCUUCGUUGUUCAGUGAGAGCAGAUCGAUGGAGCCAUCUUCUCCUCAUCUAGAAACUCGGAACUUGGGGAUGCCCAGUUCCACCUCUUCCCCAAAAUCUAUGCGGCAGUUUGGGGGUUCAGAGAAGCAUAGCUUCCCUCUUCCUUCUUCACAUCCUGCCGCAAAAUUACGCAACGCCCUUCAGGAAGAGCUGCAGAACACACUUGGGUUUGACAGCUCAUCUUCCUACAAAAAGCCACCCCAUGGCCUUCCCUUGCCUGGGAGGAAAUUCAGCCAAACAGCCAUGAACGGCAACAACUCCCAAGGGCCCACUUCACCUCAGUUUCCCCAAAGGCAAAACCCAUCCUCUUCUCUGCAAAGUUCGAGAUCAUUCGGCUUGAACAGGUCGCCAAUGGACUUCCACACGCCCCAGGCAGGUAAUCCUUUCCAGCAAUGGCCUGGUGGUCAUGUGUCUUCGCAGGGGCCUCCCUCGUGGUCCACAAUGGGGCCUGAAAACCCUUCCUUCAAAGGGAGGGGUUCGCUCACUCCUUCUUUGGGGAGAAUGGCCCCCGCACCAGUAGAGGAACCCCCUGUUCCGUUACGGAAGCCAGCUGGUGGAGGGAAGCCGCCCCAAGAUUUCAAGUUCAAACGGCCAUCUUUCUCUGAGCCAAAAGCGCCGAAUCCAUUUGCAGGUCGACGGAACCCAUCGUCCUCUAGUUUAGGGACAGUCCACAGCCUGAGGAGUGAGGCCCCUUUCCGGGCGUCACCGUCUCAGCUUUCCCUCCAGUCCAAUGCUUCCAGGUUUCAUGAUCCUGCCCUAACUAUGACCGCUGGGAGGUACACUCCAGCAGGAUUCAGUAAUCCCACUCCGCCAUCGCCUCAGCCCUCCCUCCGGCAUUUUGGGCCACCUCAGAUCCCCAGUUCCCCACGGCUUUUGCACAGAAUGAGCCGUUCCGCCAUGGCGGCCCAUGGGAGGCUCCCGCAGGCAUGGAACAGGCAGCCCGAGCCUCCAACCAAAGCGGUGAAGCCGUUAAUGAGGAACCAGUUUAUGAUGCAGUUUGGUCCCCAGUCUCCUGUCUUGCCUGCAAGGAGCAACUCCCCUCACAUGCUGACCCGGCAAGGGAGCCGCCGGUUCACCAUCCGAGAGUCUCCCCUAGAUGCAAUGCCUCAUGUCCAUCCUUUCGAUGAUGCCUGUGGGCCAGGAGUGGCCCAGUGGCCGCCACAUCAGAGAUGGGACCACGCUGCUGCAAGCGGGAUGCCCUCACCACAGAUGGGAGCGGUCGGGAGCCUGGGGGGCAUUUCGAGUUUGCAUCCACCCCCAAGUCCUGCUCCCGGCACCCCAAAGGCCUUCCUGCAGCGCAUUGGCCAACCUCUGGCUGGAAUGGCACCGCCUGCUUCCUCCAGGAUUGUGGGCAGCAUGGGAGAAGAGAAUCCAUACCUGGCGUCGUUUGCUCAGCCUCCGGGAUUGUCACCUGCUCGUUCCAGGCACCCCUUCUCACAGUGUCCUCCUUCUCCUACUCCGUCACUGAAGCACAUGGGAGAGUCACUGACGCCAACACUGGGACGUAACGUUAUGGGUGGCAAUUUGCCCUAUGGUAGCCCCAGCGCUCUGCGAAGGAGACCAGACCUCAGUCCCUUAUCCCAACGAGCGGUUUCGUUUGGAGGGCCCAAUGCCAUGGGGAGAGGGGGGCCCAACUUUGGUGGGCCACCACCCUUUCAAGAUCCGUAUAACAGACUCGGCAGACCGGGACCCGCCCCUUUGACUGCGGAGAUGCUAGGAAACAUCAUGGACGACGGCAUGGGGAGAUACGCGGUGGUCAUGCCCCAGGUUCAUCAGCGGAUGGCAUCCUCCUUCAGGGGGUCGCCCCGGAUGCAAAACCAGCCCUGGUCUGACUAUCACACUGUGACGGUUCAUGGGAUGCCAGACGACUGGUCCUCGGCAAAGCUCUACCAACAGCCUCCUGCGGAGAACCUGAGCCGGCAAUCUUCCCGACGAGGGACGAAGAGCGUGGCGUGGUAUCUGACGCGGGGAACGUCCAUGCACGACUACGAAUAUGCCAGGUCAAGCAAGAAUUGGCAGUGUAAGAUGCACUCCAUCCACAGCUUACAUUCUAUGACCCGCCCAGGGCAGCAGGAUGAAAAUGGUGUGGAAGACAUGACUCAGCUGGAGGACCUACAGGAAGGUGUGGUGCUUCGUAACAUCAAAAGAAGGUUUGACCGAGGACUAAUUUAUACCUACAUAGGCAGCAUCUUAGUAUCCAUGAAUCCCUACAAAAUGCACAACAUCUAUGGGACAGACCAUGUGUUGCAGUAUGAAGGGAAAGCCUUGGGGGAGAACCCACCGCACCUUUUUGCAAUUGCAAACGUUGCCUACAACAAGCUGAGAGAUGCCAAAAUCCACCAGUGUAUUGUUAUCAGUGGUGAAAGCGGCUCAGGCAAAACAGAAGCCACCAAACUGAUCCUCCGCUACCUGGCAGCAGUCAACCAGAGACGCACUGCAACCCAGCAGAUCCUUGAAGCCACUCCUCUCCUGGAAUCCUUUGGCAAUGCCAAGACCGUGCGCAACAACAACUCCAGCAGGUUUGGGAAAUUUGUGGAGAUCUUUAUGGAGGACGGACUGAUUUGCGGUGCCAUAACCUCCCAGUACCUUCUGGAGAAAUCGAGGGUCGUCUUUCAGGCCAAAGAUGAACGGAACUACCAUAUCUUUUAUGAGAUGCUAGCUGGCCUUCCUGCCCAGCUGAAGAGGAGAUUCUGCCUUCAAGAUGCAGAAACAUACUAUUACCUGAACCAGGGAGGUAACUGUGAGAUUCCUGGAAAACUGGACAUGGAGGAUUUUGAGAGGAUGAUCAAUGCCAUGGACAUCCUGCGUUUCAGCACCGAGGACCAGAACAGCAUCUUCCGGAUUCUGUCUUCCAUCCUCCACCUGGGGAAUGUCUACUUUGAAAAAUAUGAGACAGACUUCCAGGAGGUAGCUUCAGUGGUGAGUGCCAGAGAGAUCCGUGUGGUGGCUGAGCUGAUGCAGAUCUCCCCGGAGGGCCUGCAGAGAUCGAUCACCUUCAAAGUGACGGAAACCAUGAGGGAAAAGAUUCUCACCCCGCUCACCGUCGAAAGUGCUGUUGAUGCCAGAGAUGCCAUUGCCAAGAUCCUGUACUCCCUCCUCUUCAACUGGCUUACAGAAAGGAUUAACAAGCUGAUCUAUCCCAAGCAGGACACUCUCUCCAUCGCAAUCCUGGACAUCUAUGGCUUUGAGGAUCUUGGCAUCAACAGCUUUGAACAGCUAUGCAUCAAUUAUGCAAAUGAGUACCUUCAGUUCUUCUUCAACAAGAUCAUCUUCAAGGAGGAGCAGGAGGAAUACAUCCGGGAGCAGCUUGAGUGGAGAGAAAUCCCCUUCAACGACAACCAGCCGUGCAUCGAGCUGAUCGCCCAGAGGCCUCAUGGGAUUCUGCGGAUCCUGGAUGACCAAAGCAGCUUCCCUCAGGCCACAGACCACACCUUCCUCCAGAAGUGCCACUACCAUCAUGGCUCCAACGUGCUCUACUCCAAGCCGAAGAUGCCGCUGCCUGAAUUCUCCAUCAAGCACUAUGCGGGCAAAGUGACCUACCAGGUGCACAAGUUUCUGGAUAAAAACUAUGAUCAAGUUCGCCAGGACGUCGUAGAGCUUUUUGUCAACAGCAAAGUCAGACUGGUGGCCAACCUCUUCUUUACCUACGCUCAGCAGACCACCAUGAUAGGGAGGAGCAGCACCAACAAGCGGAGGUAUAAAGCCCCAACCGUGGCGGCCAAAUUCCAGCAGUCUCUCUUGGACUUGAUGGAGAAGAUGGAGAGAUGUAACCCUUUCUUCGUCCGCUGCAUCAAACCUAACAAUAUGAAGGCGCCUGACGUUUUUGAGUCCGAUGUCGUCAGCAACCAGCUGUGGAACUCGGGGAUUCUGGAGACCAUCCGGAUCCGGAAGGAGGGCUUCCCUGUUCGCAUCCCCUUCCAACUCUUUAUCGAUAGGUACCGCUGCCUUUUGGACAUCAGACCAGACAUCCUCCCUGACGGGAUCAACUGCGUGGGGGUAUUAAAGAAAUUGUGCCCAGUCACGCCUGACAUGUACUGCAUUGGAGCCACCAAGCUCUUCAUGAAGGAAUGUGUCUACCAGGAACUGGAGAGCAGGCGAGACCGAAUAGUUCACAUGGCAGUGCUGACCUUGCAGCGCUACACACGAGGCUUCCUGAUCAAGAGGCGUUUCUACGCUCUUCGCCACAGGCUCAUCCUCAUCCAGGCGCGGUCCCGUGGCUACCUUGUCAGGCAAAAGUGUCGGCGACUGAGGGUCAGCCUCGUCAAGUUCAGGUGUCUGGUCCACAUCUACGUGAAUCGCAAGAGGUACCUCAAGAGGAAGGAGGAGGAGCGUCGGAGGGCAGAGGCAGAGAGGAGAAAGGCUGAGCAGGAGCUGAGCCAACGAGAGGUGAUGAGAGUUGCAAAUCUGGAAAUCCCUGCAGAGCUGGUUGGACUCCUCAACACUGUGGCCGUCCACAAACAAGUGAAUGAAGACUGCGUCGUUCCCGUCCCUCGUCCCAAACUGCAGGCAGACUUCCAGCUUACUCUGCCACUGGACAUCAACAACUACCCCAUGGCCAAAUAUGUGCGGGCCCAUUUCAAGGAGCCUUUCAUGGGGAUGCUGACCAAGAGCCUGGCCUCCCCUCUCACGCUGUUGGACGAGGGCUUGGCCCCUGCAGCAGUUAGCCUCUUCAAGCUGGUCCUGCGCUUCAUGGGCGACCCUCACCUUGAAGGCACCCAGGAGAACCUGUUUGGCAACUACAUUGUGCAGAAGGGGCUGUCGACCCCAGGGCUGCGGGACGAGAUCUUGGUCCAGAUUGCCAACCAAGUCUGGCGGAACACCAACGUCCACAACGAGGAACGUGGCUGGCUCCUCCUGGCCGCCUGCUUCAGCGCCUUCAUGCCUUCCCCCAGCCUGUCCAAAUACUUGCUGAAGUUUGUGUCUGACUAUGCCUUCGAUGGUUACAAGCCCAUCUGCCAACACAAGCUCAUGCAAGCCAUGGCAAAUGCCCAGCAUGGCACUGAAGCCACCCGGGCCUAUCCGCCGACGAUGCUGGAGUGGACAACCAGCAGGGACAGAGUCAACAUGGCCCUGGAUAUUUUCUGCUUCAACGGAGAUCACUUCUCUUGCCCCAUCCAUUCCUGGACCACAGGAGAAGGCCUAGCUGAGGAUGUAUUGAAAUACAGGGGGCUGAAGGAUGGAUGGCGAGGCUGGUCAGUCACCAUGAAGGAUGGGGCCCAGUGGGCUGAAUUAGCUGGCCACGACUACGUUCUGGACCUGGUUUCGGACCUGGAACUGAUCAGAGGCUUCCCCAAGCAGAAGUCCUAUUUCAUCAUUGCCUCUGAAAUUCCAGAGAAGAAAAUGGGUGGCAGAGCAGUAUUCAGACAUGGCUUGGACUCAGAUGAGGAGGUCCCUCCCCCGCCAUCUAUGAGAGCCCCCACAGUGGCACCCACUAACCUUCCUGACUCAGAGGGAUAUUAUAGCCAUGUAGAUUCGGAUACCUUCAGUGAGCCCCGAAGCCAGAAGGGUUUGGAUCACUACCUGGACAGCCUCUUUGACCCUGUCCUCUCCUAUGGGAAUGGGGAUUUGGAGAAACCGGCAGCUGUCUCCUACAGGAUGAAAGGGGGAGGCCGGGUUGGAGGAGCUGACGGUGACAGUGCAGGCUCUGAUGUACCUCAGUUCUCCGGGAAGACGGAGGCUCCUUCGUUGGUGCAGCGAGCUCCAUUCCAGCAGCAGAGCUCGCUUCUGGCUCAGCGCAUGUCGCAACAGGUCGCUGCUCUCUGGCGGCAGCAUCAGGCGGCCGUUGACGCAUUCUCCGCCAAUGCGCCUCCAGCCUCCAGCCCCACCGCUUCUCGCCACAGAAGCCCCACCAGGACCCAGACAACGGGCAGCCCCGGCCCCAGGCCUCAUCCAGCCGUCCUCCUCCAGAGAGAAGCUGAGAAAGGAACUGUGGAUGGAGCUGGAGCAUCUCCAGACCUGGGGCAAGACAGGUCCAGUGUUCAGAAAACUGAUCCUGCCUCUAGGCUGCGCGCUGGGGAGCUCGUGAGGCAUUCCAAGCUGAACUCGGAACACAUCCCCGAGCCUACGCAGAACAUCCGCAACAUUAUCAAACAAUACGAACAACCUACUUGGGUCCCAGAGCUCAUCAGAAGGGAAGGUGGGAAAGUCUUCAUGAAGAAAAUAGAUCCCCACGAAGAAGCCUUGAGGAUCUUGAGAGGACAGAUGGCUGCAGUGCCAGCGCCUGCACAGCUCACUCCGACCGUCAGGGAAACAGUGGCCAAGGAGACGGUAGCCAUGGUGAAGCCUGUGACCAGUGCCAACGUUUCGAUGGUUGUGCCACCUGUGCCACCCACCUUUCGCCUGCUGCCCACCAUCACCAGAUCUUUUCCAGAUGCCUUUCCAGCGUCCGUCUCCCGGGAGCUACCAUCUGAGAACGAGCAGAUCCAAACGCGGCUUCACCACCCCUGCAGCGAGCAGUUCUACUCGUACCGCAACGUCUCUUGGAAGAUCUACCUCCGGAAAGAGGUUUUCUACCCAAAAGACAGCAUCAACAACCCUUUUCUGCUAGACCUCCUUUUCCGGCAGAUAUUCAACGAUACCCUGUCCGAAGCCUGCAUACGGAUCACCCAGGCAGAGCGGCUCCGCAUGAAAGCCCUCUUUGUGGAAAACAAGCUGGACUCCUUCAGCCCAGUGGCUGACGAAAGUGUCAAGAAAGAAAUAGUCCAUGCUGCCCGGGAGGGCUGGGAAGUCUAUUUCUCCCGUCUUUUCCCAGCCACGGGCAGCGUGGGCACCGGAGUGCAGAUCCUGGCAGUGUCUGACACAGGGGUUAAGCUGCUGAGGCUGGUCAAAGGGACCAACUUGCCCGGCGAACAGCUGCGGGUUCUGCGGGGCUACAGCUAUGGCGACAUCCUCUUUGUGUCCAUCCCCUCGAAGAACAUGCUGGAGUUCAACUUCACCAACGAGAAGCUCAUCCUGUUCUCACCCAAAGCUUCCCAGGUGAAGGCCAUGAUCGACUUUUUCAUCUUGGAGCUCAAGAAGGAUUCCCAGUAUGUGGUUGCCAUCAAGAACCACAUUGCAGAAGACCAGACCCUGCUGAACUUCCAUAAGGGGGACAUCAUCUGCCUGCGACCCAUGGAGGGCUUGGGAAAAGGCUGGAAGUUCGGGGCCAUCUACGGGAAAUCGGGCUUCUUCCCCGCUGACUGCAUCCAGCCGGUGGCAGCGCCGGAUUUCACCCACCUGCCUGUGGAGAAGGAGGAGCCCAGGGACAAACAGGGGAAAGUGGCCGUCCCCGCCUCGGUGGCUGUGGCUGUGGCAUCGGCAGCUGUGGCCCAAGAGCUCGACAAGAAGAUCGAGGUGUUCCCAGCCGGCAGCGAAUAUGCAGAGAGUCCCAGAGACCUUGCCAGAACCGAGGCUGACGGCCCACAAGGCAGCUCCUUCGCCAUGCAGGAGUUUGCCAAGAAGUAUUUCCGGGCAGGGCAGAGGGCAAAGAUGGAUUCCGACAGGCAGAAAUCCAAGAAAGGCGGCGAAUCCAAGGGUGUGGCUGAUAUCCUGAAAUUCACCAAGUCCCCCAUCCAAGAGUCGCUGAUUGAGUUCACUGACAGCAGCCUCAACAAGACUGCCGCAGAAGCCUUCCAAGCUGUGAUGAAGUUCAUGGGGGACCUGCCACUCAAGGGUCAAACAGAGAUGGAUGUGGUCUCCGCCCUUCUCAAGCUCUGUGGAGACCAUGAAGUUAUCAGGGACGAAGUCUUUUGCCAGAUCAUCAAGCAGCUCACAGAGAACACCAGCUCCAAGAUGGACAGCUGCCAGAAAGGCUGGAGGCUGCUAUACAUCCUGAGUGCCUACUACAGAUGCUCCGAGGUCCUCAAGCCUUAUAUUCUGUGCUUCCUCCAGGAGAUCUGCAGCAAUCCGGACUUGCUCUUCCAAGGUAUUGCCAAAGCCUGUGAGCAAAACCUGCAGAAAACCUUCCAGUUUGGCGGCCGGAGUGAAUUCCCUGGGAGCAUGGAGCUCAAAGCCAUGGUGGCUGGAAGGAGCUCCAAGCGCCAGCUGUUCCUUCUGCCCGGAGGGAUCGAACGGCACCUCAAGAUCAAAACCUGUUCGGUUGCUCUGGACGUGAUAGAAGAGAUAUGCUUCGAAAUGGGACUGCGGCGGCCAGAGGCCUUUGAUGAAUACGUAAUUUUUGCCGUUACCAACAGAAAUCAGAAUGUCCGGCCUUUGAACAAAAAGGAGUACAUCCUGGAUGUCACCAUGGAAAUGGAGAACGCAGAGAGCAGCUACCUCUUCUGGUACCGGCGUGUCACCUGGACCCAGCCGCUAAAAUUUGAUAAUGAGCUUUAUGUCACCAUGCACUACCAUCAGGUGCUACCCGAUUAUCUGAAGGGGCUGUUCAACACCCUCCCACCCAUGAAGCCAAGUGAACAACAGCUCCAACAGAUCUCCAAGCUGGCCGCUCUGCAGCACCGAGCGAAGGAUAGCGUCUGCCUGCCCACCCUACGAGAGGUCCAGGACUACAUCCCGCCCCAGUUCUAUCGCCUGCUGAAGGCCCAGUCAUGGCUGGACAUGGUCACGCAGCACACGCAGCAGGCACAGGCCCUAAGUGCCCACCAAGCUCGGGCACAGUUCCUAGGGCUCCUGAGUGCCUUCCCCAUGUUUGGCUCUUCCUUCUUCUACAUCCAGAGCUGCAGCAACAACACCAUCGUCUCUCCGUGCAUCUUGGCCGUGAACCAAAAUGGACUCAACUUCCUCAACAAGGAAACCCAUGAACCCAUUGUGACAUUCUCUCUGAAAGAGAUCCAGUCGACGCGCACCCAACGGCCCUCCGCGGGAGCCAGCUACCCCUAUGUGGAGAUCAUGCUGGGAGACUUGAUGUCUCAGAGGAUCACGCAGUUGCAGCUGGAGCAGCUUAACACUCAGAUGGGGCUGGAGCUCUGCCGUGUAAUUGCCACCCACAUGGAAAGUCUGCUGCAAGCCCGAGAAAAGAGACUGACGCUUCCUCCCAGUGAGAUUACACUGCUGUGAGCAGAGCGGUCAGGCUCCUCCGACUCUCCCCAAGGAGCCUGCAAUUCCAGGAGAGCAGACGACAAUACAGGGGUAUAGGCAGCUGCCUCUCCACACACACCCCCAGACCUGUUCCUCAUCACAUGCACUCCCAAUUCAAAUCAGGGUUGUGCCUCUGACAUCCUAGGAACAUAGGAAGCUGCCAGAUACCGAGUCAGACCAUUGGUCUCUCUAGCUCAGUAUUGUCUUCACAGACUGGCAGCGGCUCUCCAAGGAUUUAGACAGGAGCCUUUCCCAGCCCUACCUGGAGAUGCUGCCAGAGAAGAACAUAGGAAGCUGCCAUAUACUGAGUCAGCCCCUUAGUCCAUCUAGCUCAGUAUUGUCUACCCAGAUUGGCAGCGGCUUCUCCAAGGCUGCAGGCAGGAAUCUCUCUCAGCCCUAUCUUGGAGAUGCCGCCAAGGAGGGAACUUGGAACCUCAGAUUCUCUUCCCAGAGCCAAGCUCGGACUGGCCCACAGGGCAACAGGGCAUAUUCCUGGUGCGCCCUACCCCCGUUGCACCCCUGCGCCCCAACUCCCACCCUUAAUUACCUAUUCUGCUCAAAACCCGGCGCCCUCCCCACAUACAUCCCACUGCCCUCUCAGUGCCCCCAGUCCAGCCCUGCCCAGAGCAGCCCCAUCCCCUGAGGGGGAAUCUCUUACAGUGCUCACACAUCAAGUCCCCCAUUCAUAUGCAACCAGGGUGGACCCUGCUUAGCUAAGGGGACAAGUCAUGCUUGCUGCCACAAGACUAGUUGACCUCUCCACAGAAGGUUCUUGCCUUCUGUGCCUGACAAGAGCUCUAAGUCCUGAGAGGACCAAAGGAAAUUAUGGUCCUUAUACAAAAUCAGAUCACUGGUCAAGCUCAGUAUUGUCUACACUGACUGGCAGCAGCUCUCCACAAGGUUCCUGGUUCACACCCUGGCCACCUGUAUUGCAUUUUCCACCUAUGGCAUGGCUCAAGAGUGGCGUUAGGCAUACUUGAGAAGAAAAGAGUGCCAUUUGGAAUCACAAGCUGUAUGAACACGUCCUGUGGUUCACUGAAGCAUAUAUGGCUUCAGGCAGGGGUUCCCACCCUGGGAGCUGCAGUCCCACAGUAUCUAGGGAGCUGAGUUUGAAGACCCCUGGCUUAAUGCGUACCAGGUUUUCAGCUCCUUUUCUUAAGUUGAUCAGGUGAUUGGUCUGCAAGGGACCAAUAUGUGCUGGCAAUUCCAGUUGGCAUUCUCAGAUUAUUUGUACAGGACAAUCUUUAUUGCAAAUUCUGGCAGGCAAGAGGGUUACUCCUGAUUAGAAAUUCAAUUGGGGAUGUCAAUUGGUGGUAUAACCAAUGAAUGCCGGAAUUGCGUUGCUUGGCCAAAGCAAAAUUCCAUCAGGUCAGUCAGUGCUCUGUUUCCAGCAGCUGUCAGCCAGAUGUUUCUGAAAGCUCAGAAGCAAAACACGAUGAACCGUCUGUUGUUUCCUCCCCCCCCCUUCACGGCCCAGGAUCCAGCUGUUCGUAGGCACAAGUUGUUUCUAGUGAUGCACAAGUUUUGUGGCUGUUUUUAAUCCAUGGGGUCCUAGUUUCAGGGUAUUGCUUUUCUUGCAAUCUAGCUCUUUCUUUUUUAUAUACAGGUUUUAGAACUGGCAUUUGUGCCAUGGGCCUAGAGAGAUGUAGCUGUAACUGAUAUCCCCCCCACCUCCCACUCUUUGUAAUAUUUUUGCACUCAAAAUGGCUUUUGGAAGAGAGGGGGUUGGGGUUCAUCUUUUCUGGAAAAUUAAAAAUGUCAUUUUAUGCCAAA